AUGAUUCAAUUGAUAACAGUGUCCUUAUUGUUAAUGGUUGUCAGCUCCGAAGUUAAUGGUUGGACCUAUGACUCCCAGGAUGAAUGGCAUGAACAAUAUCCAGCUUGUGGUCUCGAGAGGCAAUCACCUAUUGAAAUAAACUCAAAUGAGGUUAUUAGCCAACAUUAUCCUGUCAUCAAAUAUGUCAACUAUAAAAGGUUAUAUAGUGUCAAGCUCAUCAAUAAUGGUCACACCGCUCAAAUAAUGUUUCCAGUUAAUGGCAUUAUACCAAAAAUCUCUGGUGGGCCCUUGCCAAAAGGUCAGACAUAUGAAUUUUCCAGCUUACACUUUCAUUGGGGAGCCAAUGACACUGUGGGAGCAGAACAUGUUCAUGAUAAACAUCGUUAUUCCGUCGAGGUGCAUGGUGUUCAUUUCAACUCCAAGUAUCUGAAUUUGGAUGUGGCUCUUCAGCAUGAGGAUGGCGUAGCUGUACUAACCACUUUUUAUGAAACUUUGCCGGGUGAGAAAUUUUCAGGUUUGGAGGGUGUAAGCGAGGCUUUGCAGAACAUAACCCUGGCAGGAACUUCCACCAAAAUACCCAAUUUCCAGUUAUCCGCUUUGUAUGGAGGCAUAGACAGCUAUACCAAGCGUGUUUUUUAUACUUAUCAUGGCUCCUUGACUACACCACCCUGUGCUGAGGCAGCGACUUGGAUUAUUUUUCCCAAACAUCAUUCCGUGCAACGUGAUCAAGUGGAACCCUUUCGCAGACUAUUGGAUGAACAGGGUGAAUACAUUGUGAAUAAUUUUCGCCACCUACAAGGUAUUAAUGGAAGAAAGGUUUAUUACAGUAAAUCCUAA